AUGAAUUGCAUAGCUGGCCGCUUGCCAAGGGUACCUUGCGCAAGCUUAAAGGCCACAAGACGCCUCUCGACUACUCCAAGGCUUCGCAUACCAGACAAUGGGCUCAAGACGCAAAAGGUCACGGAUGGCGAGGUUGCUCGACUGGCCGGAAGACCCUUGCAUCCGCUAACUCUAGCAGAUCUAGCCAAGUCCGGACGACCACCUCUCACAGCCGACCAAUUGCUCGACUCGGCCAACUUCACCCUCUCCAUCCUGCCUUCACGUCUCGCACACCGCAUUCAGUCUCUUCGCAACCUGCCCUUUAUCGUCGUCUCCAAUCCAAACGUCUCCAAGAUCCAUAACAACUAUGUCCACUCCUUGUCGACACUCUUACCUUAUGCCUCAAGGGAGAUCAAGACACUGGAAGAAGAGAUCCAAUUCACAAGUGUCAUGGCCGAUCUAGUCCAGACACACUCGAACACCAUUUCUAUUCUCGCUCGAGGCUUUCUCGAAGCGAGAAAGUAUAUUAGUCCGAGCGAGGUAACAAAGUUCCUCGACGAACAUCUCCGUGCGAGGAUAGGCACCCGACUAAUCGCCGAGCAACACAUCGCUCUGCACUUUUCAUCGAAACCUCAUCUCGAACUAUCAGAGCAAAAGACUCAUGUCGACUCAUCAUAUAUUGGUGUCAUUGACACAAAGCUGAGACCGGCUGAUAUCAUCAGACAUUGCGAAGGCCUUGUUGGUGACAUUUGCGAGUACAAGUACGGUGUCCGACCCAGCGUUGUCAUUCGCGGCGAGCCAGAGACUACUCUAGCCCACAUUCCCAUGCAUCUAGAAUACAUCAUCACCGAGCUUUUGAAGAAUGCUUUCCGCGCCACCAUCGAGAAAGGAAACGAACGACACCCCAUCGAAGUAACAAUCGCUCCAGCCCCAGAGGACAUCAAGGGCAAACACAAUGGCAUCACGAAUCACGACCAAGGCAGUGUUGAUGCAGCCUCAGGGGCCCAGCGACCUGCGAAUGCCGCAUCAGCAAACAUUCGUCCACUGGACAAGUCCACUCCAGGCGUCACAAUCCGCAUCCGAGACCGAGGUGGUGGCAUACCCCCUGCUGCUUACGCAAAGCUGUGGGAAUUCGGGUUUACCACUUUCAACGAGCAGGAAAUUGUUGACAUCACUAGUGGAGGCACCAAUGAUGGCGAUGGCUUGAACGCUCUCUCGAAUGCCGGCGGUAAUGAAAAUAGCCUGGCAGGCUUAGGUUAUGGCCUCAAACUAGGCAGGGCAUACGCUGAGUACUUUGGAGGUGGCAUCAGAGUCCAGAGUUUACUCGGCUGGGGCACAGAUGUCUACCUCAGCUUGCGCGGUGUAGGAAACAUUGACUAG